AUGAGCGACAUCCUGGACGAUGGCUUGCGGGAGCAGUUGGCCGCCGCCAUGCUCGGCUGGGGUGGUGGGGGAGACGGAACGCAGCGCAUGUCCAGGGACACGAUCGCUUCAGCUGAUGACGGCAGCGGUCGGGCAACCCCAAAACCAGCGCCGGCCCCCAACCAUCGACAGGGCCAGAUCCGGGGGGUGGUAGUGGGUUUGACAGAUGAGGAAGACAAAACCAACGACGAUAUCGACGCCGAUUCCGUGGUUGACUCGAGCGACGAAUUAAACGGUUGGUCCGACGGCAACACGCAUCCGCACACCCACCACACCCAACAAGCGAGACGCCCGGCUGAACAGCCAACAAACCUGGUUGGCCAGAAGGCAUUGCCGCCGCUCCCCGUCGAGCAAACUGUCGCUUCAGCACAGCCUGAAAUGUCGUGCCGGAUUUCACGAUUUCCCUUCUCACACCCAUGCGAGAUGCCCGAGUUGAUGCCAGACCACGAGGAUACAUUUGGAAUGGGGCCCAGCCCGUCCGUCUCCGGCCCGGUGACCCCAAGCGUCGCUCCUGACGUCUUCCGUCCGCUAACACAGCUCCUGUCUCCCGACCUCGAGCUUGGACGCCACCUUAACCCCGCUUCCGAGCCCGAAGCGCAAGACAGGAUGCGCAAAAUGUCCAUCAAGUCCAUCGAGACGGCCGGAUCAGAUGGACUGGGUAUUAUCCAAGAAGAGGACGCGAACACGGACGGCGUGUCGCUCCUGACGCCCACGGAGGUGUCAUAUGGCAACAGCACCGCUGACGGCGGUGACAGGCCGCUGUUCCUCACAGUGGACGGCGGCGGUCACUGUCGGAGCGUUAGUUCUUUGGGAAGCGGCAGUUCGGGCGAGUGGCGGCCCAGCCACGCGAAUUCCGCUGUACGAAAGUCCAUCAACCUUUUUUCACGGAUGCGCAACAGUAGUCGUGUCGAGGAUCCGGCCCUGGAAAAGCGAUCGUUGACUCCCAUGCAACUUACUACCCCGCCGCGGGGGCAGAGCUAUCCCGAUGAUGAGGCGUCUACACCAGACGCGACCACGCCCAUUUCGCCUUUACCUAUGACCCCCCGGACCGAGGCCAGCUCAACCAGCAAGUUCUUCCAGCGCAUGCCAUGGCUAGGAGACUCGCAGGCAAAGAAGUCCGAAGUGGUCUUCGGUGUGGAUCUGAAGGAAAGCAUCCGCGUAGCGCCCAUGAAGAUUAGGAUAUCUCACAAGGGACGGAGCACGUCGCAUCGGACGUUUCCAAUCUCGGUACACAAAUGUUGUGAAUUUAUUCGCCGCGCAGGCGGCACGGACACCAACAUCUUUUCUUCUCCCGGAAACCUGUACAAUGUCACCAACCUGCAGGCCAUAUUCAGCACGCCACCAACCUUUGGCGAGCAGUUCUAUUUUGAGGGGAGCGACUACACGGUCCACGAUGCGGCGCGCCUCAUUCUGGUGUACCUCGAGGCAUUGCCCAAGCCGCUCAUUUCCCCUUCAGUCGUCAAAUCCUGGAUCCUGCUUGCGCGACAAGAAGGUGCCAUCGAGCCGCCGUGCCCGCGCAUCGAAACGGGCCUCGACUUCUGGACCGAAGCACUCAACCGAUUGCCGACGGCCAACCGCAACUUGACCAAGCACCUCCUCACGCUGUUCGCCGAGGUGCUGCUCGCUGCUACGGGGGCGAUUACCGAGGCUGAUGCGAGACACUUGGCGGCGGCCGUGUCGCGGGCCAUGUUCCAUCACGAUGCGGACGGUGUCAGCCUGGAGAGCAAGGGGAAAGACCCGAAGAAGAAGCCCACCCGAAGAAACGUGCAGCCGACGCUGGCACUGGCGUUUUUGAUCAAGAAGCGUGGCGAGUAUGCCGUAUCGCUCAGCGAGGCGGCAAAGAGUGACGCGGCGAAGAGGGACUCCAAAAUGUUCCUACCAACCACCAAGGAGAUGAUGGAGUGGAAGGGGAUAAGCCAGUAA